AAGAGUCGGGGAUGAACAGAUUGGGAGAGGAGAGGCGAAAUGAGAGACAGAUCACUCAGAGGAGCGGAGAGGUGACACUGUGCAAGAUACUCAACACUUCAAACAUGAGCCUCCAGGUUUGCGGCUGCUGUGGCUGGUCCAAACAUACCACCUACCAAGGCCUGAGAAUUCACCAAGGGAAGAUGGGAUGUACACCAAAGGGAAUGCGUAUCCCUGAGAGUCAACAAUACAGAUUUAACAGUUACACUCGCAACCUUACCUUCAAUGGACCGCCAAUCAAAGUAGAAGAGCCGCUGUGGAAUAUUUUCGGCUCCUCUCUCAACCCUGAUAGGGAACUUAACAUCUGGAGAAAUGAAAGGGAAGAAUCUCGUCAAAAAGAAAGCGCACCAGUUCCUUGGAUCACUCCAGUCAGAAAGGAGAAUGUGCCUGUGUCUCCAAACUUCACCUCCCAAAUCACUCCAACAGAAGCCACAGCAAUGUUCACAUUUUUGCUGGCUUCUCAACAGCACUCUGUGCAAACACCGGCCACAAACUCAAACAACGCACUCCUGGCACUUGAUUUCACCAGCGCUGCACAGCCUUCGCUGACGCCAGUGUCACAGAUCAGCACCCAAGCGAGUCCUGCACCCACAGAGGUUACAGUGAAGGAAACGCACAAAUCACUGCUGGCAUCUCAACAGCACUCUGUGCAAACACUGGCCUCAAACUCAAACAACACGCUCCCGGCACUUGAUUUCACCAGCGCUGCACAGCCUUCGCUGAUGCCAGUGUCACAGAUCAGCUCCCAAGCGAGUCCUGCACCCACAGAGGUUACAGUGAAGGAAACACAGAAAUCACUGUUUGAAACUCCAGAGCACUCCAGCACAACAUAUCAAACUGCCACCAAUGCUCGCAGAGCGCUUGAUUUCACCAGCAACGUGCAGGUGGGCCAACUGCCAUGGGAUCUUCCAACCACCACUGCUCAGGAAACAGCAGUUCCACCAAAGGAAAGAGAGAAGGAGAAGAAGAGGGAGAGGGAGAGGGAAAGGAGGGAAAGGGAGGCUCAGAAACUACAAAAGGCACGGCAAGACAAGAUAAAAGCUGAUUUACAGCAGAAAAUUCAGACCAGGGAGCAGAAGCUGGCCGAAGUCACAUCAUCUGUAAAAGCCUGCAAGGGGGACUUGGAUGCUGAAUGGCUGGAGAUCAACAGCGUGUUUUCAGAGGUGAUGAGAGUUGUGGAGGACGCUCGGCAGAAAGCCCUUCAACCUCUGGAGGAGAGGAGACAGAGAGUGAAGAGAGAAGCACAGGAGGUGGUAAAGAAGCUGCGAAAGGAGAUUGACAAGCUCAAAAAAGCAAUCGAUGAGUUGGACCAAAACCCAGACUCACAGGUUUGUCCUGUAUCAGGCCCGAAUGAACCUCGAGACUGGAAAAAUGUCACUGUUGACACUUCAUUCUCCUUCGGUAGCCUAAGAACUACCACAUCAAACAUGAUUAAACUAAUUCAACAGAAAAUGGAAAAACUCUCCUCUGUUGAGCUCAAGAGGAUUCCCACAUUUGCAGUGGAUGUAAAGCUGGAUGCAACCUCUGCACACCAAUGCCUUGUUCUUUCUGAAGAUGGGAAGACAGUGAGAGAUGGAGGAAAGAGCCAGAAAGGUCCUGAUGAUCCACGGAGGUUUGACAUGCACAGCAGCAUCCUGGGGCUCAACAGGUUGACGUCUGGGAGGUCAUACUGGGAGGUGGAGGUCAGCAACAAGACCGGGUGGGACCUGGGUGUGGCAAGACGCGACGCGAACCGCAAGGGGAAGCUCUCGCUGAAGCCAGAUAACGGCUACUGGGUCACCGUACACUAUGAAGAUGAUAAGUACGCAGCCCUGACAGCUCCACCUGUCAGCCUCUCCCUGACGGCGAAACCUCAGAAGGUCGGGGUGUUCGUUGACUACGAGGAAGGUCUCGUGUCCUUCUAUGAUGUUACAGCUCGAUCUCACAUCUAUUCAUUUACUGAGUGUUCAUUUGAUGAUGUGAUUUGUCCAUAUUUCAGCCCUCAUCUUAAACAAAAUGAGAAAAACUCUCAUCCUCUGGUGAUCUCUGCUGUAAACAAGCAGUAGUGGUUAAAGGAAGUGCAUGAAUUACUGGUGCACUGAAAGUCAGAAGUCAUUGUUCUGACAACCCAAAAUUCCAAAGCCCCACUAGUCUGAAAAAUGGACUGAAAGCUCAUUUCUCUGGCAGCCUGUUAUCCCACAAGCAAACACCAAUUGGUCAGAAGUCCUGUUUCUCAGAAAAUACACACUCCCUGCAGCAAGACCACCUAAUCAGCAGAAAAAAAUAUUUGCAUUAUGCGUUUCUGUAGAUCACGAUAAGUUACAUUUGUCGACAAGGCUGUGGUUAAUGUGUGGUUCGGUUUAGGCACAAAAACCACUUCGUUAUACUAGUUAAAAGAUCGCGUUUUUCUUUAAAUACCCACGUUUGGUGGCACAAAAGUUGCUGGAAAAGGUCAGUGAAAAAUACCCGGGACCGGGGCUCAAAUGCUGCUGGGAAACACCACAAAAGGUCAGCAAUAACACCCAAGGUCAGUGGCUAAAAUGAACUGAAAAAACAAGCAAGGGGGCCAGUAAAAACAAAAGCAAAAACACCUGGGGUCGGGCCCAGGCAGCCAAAAUGACCUGGCCCGGAAUAGGCCUGAAGUCAGCAGGCUGGAUGAAAUUAGCUGGGCCAGGUCCGGUUGCUCGACUCGGCUGAGACUCGGCAUGAAUGAGGCCUCAGAAACGGGCCAAAUCAGCUGGAUGGAUUCUGGCAGCCAACACUGCCAUCACUGGUGGGGCUCAAAUGCUGUGGGUAAACGCUGCGGAAGGUCGGCAAAAAUACGCGGGAUCAGUGGCUCAGUUGCCGCCGAGAAACACAGCAAAGGGUUGGCAAAAACACCCAGGACUGGUGGCUCAAACGCCACUGAGAAACGUUAACUUAGUGCAGGGAGUGUAUAAUUUCAUAGAAACUGGACUUCAAGGCAAUGGGCAUUUGUUUUUGGUAUAACAGGCUUUUGAUCCAGCGCGCAAUUUUUCAGACUAGUGGGGCUUCGAGCCUCUGGGCUGUCGAAACAAAGGCCUAACAUCCAAA